GUUUAGCAAACAAUAAUUAGCUGGAGGGGAUUUGAGCUAUAUGAUAUCAAAGAGUAUAAUAAACCAAGGUGCGGAAAGAAAAUAACGCAGUCAAUCCUCGAAAAGAUAAAUAACUAUUAAAAUAUUCAGCUACCUGUCCCCCCGGUUCUCGGUGUUUCUAGUUGGUCUAUUUCUACGCCAGAGGUCCUUCGCAGGCGCUGCGUUUGACUUGGACGAGUUAGCUUUUUGCUAACUCCGCGAUGGACAAUGUCCCCAGUUUUUGUUCGCCGGUGACUUCUGAAGAAAACGGGACAGAAACCUCCGACGGCUCCUCAGUAGAAGAUGGCUUAGUCGACGCUUUCGGCGACCUGGCUGCCCUCCCGGUCGAGGUUGGCGAGAGAAGACCGACGUGUUUACGGUGCCGUCGCCCUCAGAAGGUGUGUCUCUGUCCGUUUCUUCCAACACAACCCCUGGAGGUCUCCACCUGUCUGCAUGUAGUCCAGCAUCCUGCAGAGGAAAGCAGAGUACUUCGCACAGUGCCUCUACUUGCUGCUUGUUUGCCACAAGGAAAAUGCAAUGUCAUAGUCGGAAGGAGAUUCAAUGAGGAAAAGCACCCGGAGUUGGCUGCAGUAUGUCAGGACAGCAGAACGUUGAUCCUGUACCCAGGCCCCAACUCCCAGAACCUGGAGGAGUUAGUGCAAUAUCAGGAAUUAGGCACUGUGAAACAUAAUGUGAUCAUCAUAGACGGCACCUGGAGCCAGGCCAAAAACAUGUUCCUCAAAAACAGCCUGUUCCACCUGCCUAAACAGGUCCAGCUCAAUAGGACUCUGUCCAGUCAGUAUGUGAUCCGCACACAACCCUCCAACAUCUGUUUGUCCACGCUGGAAUGUGCCGCUGUCGCCCUGUCCAUCCUGGAGCAGAAUGACAACAUCCAAGAGGUCCUGCUGAGGCCCCUGAAAGCCCUGUGCUCCUUCCAGCUGCAGCACGGCGCUCAGAUUCAUCACAGCAAGGAGCACCUCCUUAAGAAUGGCAUGUAUGACAAGCCCAUGCCCAAGAACAAACGCAAGAUAAAGAGGAUGGAGAAACUCGUCACGGACCACAACAUCUGUCCAAGAUGAGGGAGCAACUGGGCAGAGAAACCAGGCUCUACUCAUCUCCGUAUGCACAGCCGUCUACGCUGCACAGGACUGUAUCAUCAGGGCAGCUUGUAGCAGCAUCGGGGCACAGACAUGGAAACCAGUGGACUUAACGGGAAUUUUAUUUUCCUUUAUUUUAUUUUUUUCUUUAGAUAACUGACGAUAUAUGUAAUUUAUGUAUUUGUCAUUAAUUGUAAAUAAAUUAAUGACAAAUUUAAGAUGUAGUUUAAGUGUCAUUGUGUGACAAUAGAUCAGGUUUAAUUGUUUUUAAAACUGUUUAACUUGUUCCUCCCUGCACUUUAUAAACACUGUGGUGCUUCUGUUGUGAUUGCUAAUGGAAGGGCUGAUUCCACUGGUGUUUUUUCAAUAAGUUAAAUCUUUAUUCAGAUACGUUUCAAAAUAAAAAUACCUCCAAAACAAAUGUGAUAUUCCAUUAAACUUCCUGACACACAAGACAGGAGGAAAAAUGUGAAACCGCCAUUAAGAAUUUUAUUGUACUGUUUUUAUAAGUCAGCAUUGUUGAUGUGAGGGACAAUUUUGCUGUAAUGAUUUUAAAUACUUGUCAUUGUAGUUGCGGGCCUACAGAAUAUGGUCCUCUAUGCCGUAAAUAACAUCUCAAAAGAUUUUUAAUUAGGAGCUGCAAAAAAUGUAGCCGUGUUAUUAUAACUCAAACUCAUUAAUUGUACAUGUAGGCAUGUAAAGUGAUUUUUAUACAUAGACAUGAUGUAUGAAUGGGGUCUCCCAAGCCGUUUAGUGACACUUUAGUUCAAAAGGAUCAAAUUUCAAAUUUAAUUAAUAAGAUGUACACAUUACGUCCCAUACAGAAUAAUUAAACACUGUUUCAGCCUCUCA